AUGGCGGGCGGCGCCUACCUCCUCUACCAGCUGCAGCACUACGACGCCGAGCAACUCCCUACGGUCGCGUAUUUCGUUGGAGGCAGUGCUUUUCUGUUUGACAAGGCCAGAAAAACGAUGUCGCGCUUUCCCUUUUUUGAGCUCGGCGACGGAGAGUUUUCUGGAGGUCGCGACGCGCACGAGGGGGUAUAUCAUCUGCGACGUGAUAUGGGGAGAGAGGCAGGCGUUGUCCGUCAAACUCCCUCCCGCCGGCUGGGGCGUGCUCGUCGCGCUGCCCCCAGAAGAAACUCGCUACAGGGAGUGGGAGGAUGA